CUCUGCACAGGUUUUGAUAAAUCUUCCCCUAUGUCGGCAUAAGACGUAACUGCCAUUCCAUGGUGUGAAGGCUGCCAACUUACACUUAGCCUGUGCCGGGGCCUAUUACAGUGACAGAACAAGUGCCCCUGCAGGCAGGGUGUAACAGGACUGUAGCGGCAGUCAUGGAACCCUUUACAAGUCCCCCAAGCACAGUGACAAACAGGACCCCAUGACCAAGGCUGAACAGCAAGUGGCAACAUUGACGCCAUCCUGAUUAUGCAGGACCAUGGCUGGCCUUUUGGGAGAUCGUACGUGUAUGGAAAGUCUGAGAAAGGACAUUACUGAUCUCCAGGGUACUCUGAUUGAUGUGUUCUCCAGAGUUGGUGCUGUACGGUUCCCAUCCUGGAAAUUCCCUGAUAAGACAUCCUGUGAUCUGGACCUGGUGCAGCUGUUGGAUAGAUAUGAUUUUGUAGAGGAUGAUACAGACUACACACAGCUUUCACACAUGGUUUUAUUGGAGCUUGUAAUUGACAGGCUGUUGCUGAUUCUUCAGAGCUUUGAAGUAUACACAGAAUUAAUAAGCAGUGAUGGAAGCUUCAUACCACCUCGGGAUCCUGGACCCUCAAUGUCAAUUGGACUGACAGUCCGGAAAUAUUGGAGCAACAUGCUAAAGUUGGGGACACUUUACCAAAAAGGAAAAUGUUCUUCACUGGAAAAUGUCAUUAUGGCAAAAGAGCCCAAGACCCCAAAAGAACGUUCCUGUCUGUCUUCAGGUAGAGCUCAGUCUGUCUUAUCAUGCACAGAAAGCCGCCAACUUACCUAUGCCCCACAGGGAUCAAACCUCUCCAUUGCAAAGGACACGUGCACCGUUGGCUCACAGACAUUGGAGUCUGCUCUCAUUCCCUGCGAUGCAUGUGCCAUUGCUCAAUGUAGUCUUAAAGAGGUUAGUGAUGCUAUUGUUAGUGUAUGCAAAAGUCAGAACUUGCCAUCCACUCUUAUAAAAAUUCAAGAAGUAUUGCCAUCAGAGGGAAUCAUGUCUCCUUCAGAAAUGAGAUAUUGGGCCAAUGAAGAAAGCAAAGAUCUGGGACGUAUCAGCAAACAUCUUACUAAGCUCACACAGCUUAUUCAGCCUCUGAGAAAUCAGUGUGAUGUUGCAAAGUUAGAGAACCAGAGGCUACAACAAAGUAUAGAAGACUACAAGAACCAGCUAAAGUUACAGAAAGAUGAGCUGCAGCGACAGGUCAUUGACCAUGAGAAGAAGUUACUAGAGAAAGGACAACAGAACCAAGAGGUGGUGGACAGGCUGGAGAGGGACAAAAAUGAGCUGAGGAAAGGGUCUACAGUCCUAGAAGAAAGAGUUUCUAUCUUAAAGGAAGAGCUAAAACUACAGCACUGUACCAUACGAGAUCUGGAACUGGCGAGACAAAAACUGUUAGGAGAGAUGCAGACCAUGGUGCACAAGGAAGAAGUGUCCAUAUUGGAGAAAAAAGUUGGUGACUUGACAGUCCACCUAGAAAAUACAUUACAGAGACUUAAAGAAUCUGAGGAGUCUGUAUCUAAAGAGAGAGCUCGUGGAGAGAGUCUUCAGAACCACAAAGAGUCCCUACAGGCAAAGCAGAAAUCGCUAUUACAGCAGUUAGACAGGAUAUCCCAAGAGUGUGAAAAUUUGCGUGGCAUGAUGGGUGAUGCAGAUGAAGAAAAAGCCAACUUAGAAGAGCAAAUAGAGCAAAUGCAAAGAGAGGAAGAAAGUCUAAGAAGCCAAAUAAAAGAACAACAGGACAUAAUAAAUACACUUCAGCAGGGGAAGGUGGCAUUGGAGAAGUCUUUUGAAGAUGUGACCAACCAGCUUACAGAACUACAAGUAAACAUCCAGGAGCACAAGAAAAGAGAAAAGUUAUUGGUGUGUUACCCAGACUUACACCCACUCCCAGAAUUUGAGAGCUCGGGGGACAUUACUGAAGAUAUGGAAAAACAGCUUCAAGCUAAUAGUAUCCGCAUAAGUGUUCUUGAGGAGGAGAAUGCAAAACUACGAGUAAGCCUGCAUAAACUAGGGGCAAAAGGCAAACAAGGGGCACUAAAGGUAAUUCCUCAAACUCGGCUCUGGACUCUUCCUACCACAGUAGAGCCGUUGUCUCCCGAACCCCAAAUACAAAGCAGCGGCAGAAGUAGCACAACAAAGCCUCCUAGUCCCAAACUAAAUACAGUGACACCCUCAAAGGACACAAUGAAGUCUGAAACUGUUGUUCAGCCAGAAAGAAAAGGAUCACACCACUCUCUAAACCUUGUAACAUUCCCACCUGACAACUCACCCAUAGCAGCUUACGCACGUGUCAAACAAGUGAAGGGGAGAAACAGUUCAGAUCGCAAGUAACCAAAACAUAACCACCCAAAAGACUCCAUGUGAUUAUAACCAAGAUGAAAUAACCAGACUCUAAUGCAGUGACGACUGUGAUCAUUAAAUAAUGAGCACCUAAACAAAUUGAACAAAUGUAUACAUUUAUUCUGAAAUGGAAAACAGUCCUAUUGUGUUAAUAGAUGUUUGAUACUUUUUAUUGCUUUGUGGUUUGGCUUCACGCUGGAAUAGUCGUUACCAUUAUAGCUUUCCUUAUGUAGGGAUACACGUAGGAAUAAAUCUAAAGAUAUAAUUCUACAGACAUUUUUCAAGUUAUUUUAAACUGCAAAUCAUAUAUGGGUAUCCAAUAUGGAUUUGUUCCCUAUUUUGUUCUAUAUUUAUAAUUUAUUUUGCAUCUGUAUUUGUUGUUAAAGGAUUGAAGGGGUUGUUCAGGGAAAACAUACAUUUUCUUUAUAGCUAGAGUUGGUAUAAAAAUAAACAUGCUAUACUUACCUACUCAGUUCCUCCGC